AUGCCAAAAUACACCACAGACAGUAACACCACGGAUAGUAACACCACAGACGGUAACACCACGGACGGUAACACCACCAACGGUAACACCACCAACGACAGUAACACCAGGGACAGUAACACCACGGACGGUAACACCACCGACAGUAACACCACGGACAGUAACACCACAGACAGUAACACCACGGACAGUAACACCACCGACAGUAACACCACAGACAGUAACACCACGGACGGUAACACCACGGACAGUAACACCAGGGACAGUAACACCACAGACAGUAACACCACCGACAGUAACACCACCGACAGUAACACCACCGACAGUAACACCACGGACGGUAACACCACGGACAGUAACACCAGGGACAGUAACACCACAGACAGUAACACCACCGACAGUAACACCACAGACAGUAACACAACUGACGGUAACACCACCGACGGUAACACCACGGACAGUAACACCACCGACGGUAACAACACCGACGGUAACACCACAGACAGUAACACCACGGACGGUAACACCACGGACAAUAACACCACCGACAGUAACACCACAGACAGUAACACCACGGACAGUAACACCAGGGACAGUAACACCAGGGACAGUAACACCACAGACGGUAACAACACCGACGGUAACACCACCGACGGUAACACCUCCGACAGUAACACCACGGACAGUAACACCACAGACAGUAACACCAGGGACAGUAACACCACAGACAGUAACACCACAGACAGUAACACCAGGGACAGUAACAACACCGACAGUAACACUACAGACGGUAACACCACCGACAGUAAAACCACCGACAGUAACACUACAGACGGUAACACCACAGACAGUAACACCACCGACAGUAACACCACUGACAGUAACACCACCGACAGUAACACCACCGACAGUAACAACACGGACAGUAACACCAGGGACAGUAACACCACCGACAGUAACACCACCGACAGUAAAACCACCGACAGUAACACUACAGACGGUAACACCACCGACAGUAACACCACGGACAGUAACACCACCGACAGUAACACCACCGACAGUAACAACACGGACAGUAACACCAGGGACAGUAACACCACCGACAGUAACACCACAGACAGUAACACCACGGACAGUAACACCACAGACAGUAACACCACGGACGCUGCAUCAUCAGUUUCUGACAGUAGUGCAACAACAACUUCAUCUGAAGAUUCCUCCUCAUCUGAGGAUCCAACAUCUUCACCAUCAUACACGGUUUAUCAACCAGGACAUCCAUUCCCGGAGUAUGUUGUACAGAGUCGGACCAUCUUAACACCUCCCAUCGUGAUCCAUGUCCUGGAUCGCCAGCUUGUUACUUUCACUAAAGAACCUAACACCAGUGAUUUCAGGGUCCUGGGACGUGGUGUGUCUGGCAGCGUCUAUCAUGCCUGUCACCAACCAUCAGGACGCCAACUUGCGGUGAAACUUUUUGAGAAUGCAGAGUUGCUGCCCCAUUACAUCAUCAACGAAGGCAUGAUUAUGGCGCUGCUAAAUGGGGCAGCGGUGGCCCCCAGAUUCUUUGGAUUAAUGAGGGAACCAGGAACGUCUGUCAAAUACGCUCUUGUACAAGAGUUUUUCGGCAAUGGAUGCACUUUGUUUAACAUGAUGAGGAUGGUGAACAGGCAAAUGGUCGCCGUAACGGAAAGAAAGAUUGCAGAAAUUUGCCUGAAACUUGUCAUACAUGAUCGAGGUGUGCUUAUCAACGAUAUAAAGAAUGAUAACAUAUUGGUUGAUGUGACCAACUUCGACAUCAGAUUCAUUGAUUUUGGUCUUUCGACAUUCAAAACGGGUUACCAAUACUCACCAUCAAACGAUCCAGAUGAUGAUGUCAAAUUCGAUUUCCUCGCUCCAGAAGUCAGGUUUGGAGAUCAGAGAACAACAAAAGCUUCCGACAUUUACAGCUUAGGUAAAGUAAUAGGUCAGCUUGGAUGGGGAAUCGAUGAUUUAGAAGAAAUCAGCAGUAGAUGCUCUGACCCGAUCCCAGUGGCAAGACCAACAAUGGAGGAAUUAAUCCUGAUGAUGGAGACCGUUCUAAAUGGCCUGUAA